CGGAAAUCCAAGAUGGCGUCUUUGUUGUGAUUGCUCUCACCAGGCGAACUUACUUGCUCCUCUUUUCCUGUGCCAAUCCUCACCCGGAGGAGCCACCUAGUGACCCCAGGGCUCAGGGCCUGCCUUAAGGUGUAGCUAGUGUGUCCACUGAAGGGUGUAGGAGGGUGUAGUGACGACUUUGGGAACAGGAGGAAGGUGUGGGCAAAGGGGAACCCUUUUGGUGGCAGUGUUGGGUUGUGAGGGCGUCAAGGUUGUGGUGGAGGCUGCCAGUGUGGUGGUGGAGGGUGGUAAUAGUGGCUGCUGUGGUGGUGGUGGUGGGAGCUAUCACUCAGGAAGGUGAUGAAGGUGAUCCCAGUAGGGAGCGGGGGCAGCCUCGCCCCAUACCUGCAGCAGCCCGCCCUUCUUCAGCCCUCAGCCCUCCACGUCCUCGGACACUUUUGAGGAUCUGCUGCAGAAUGAUGUUAUGAUGGGUGAUCGAGUGGUAGACAUCAAUGUUGCUACCGUGGAGGACUUGGAGUUCUUGGUGGGUGUUGGCCGAGCUAAGGCUGAGGCCAUUGUCACCACCCGUAAUUCAAUGAUAGACUUCAGGAGCGUAGAGGACCUUCUUCUUGUCCCAGGGAUUGGUCGGAGUCUAAUAGAGCAGAACCGUGGGCUGCUGGUGUGCAGCACCCAGGGUGGAGCUCCCAUCACCAGACACUCGGCUCCUCGUCGCAGCCUCAGGCGCACUUCCCAUGACACUAGACAGAGAGGAGAGAGUGGUAAGCCAGAGGAGACUUCCCUCGAGGCGCAGGGAGAUACAACCAACUGUGCCUCAAGUCAGGCUGUGAAACCUACCCGAAUAUAUCUAAGGGACCAGAGUCACUCUGCUGCCGUGGAUCAGCUGCGCGCUGCAGAACAUUCUAGUGCUACCCGUAGUGCUCAGUGCAAAAGUGACGUACGUCCUAAAGAGGAAAUUAGAAAAGAAUGUAGUGAGGAAAGAAGGGAAGAUGAAAGUGACAAGAAGAAAGAGGUUUCUCUUAGUAUCCCAGAGGGAGACACUAGUGACUGUUGUGAGUGUCGCAUUGAAGAUGAGGAAGAAGAGGAGGAGGAGGAGGACGAAGGUGAAGUUACCGUAGACGUCGUGCCAGUGAUGGAGAACAAUGAUGAAGGGGAGGAACAUGCCGAUAUUGUGAAGGAGUACAUCAUGAGCAAUGAUGACCUUGUGAACACUGCACCCGAGGUAAAGGUUAGCACUGGGGACGUUUACCAUAGUGGAGGCGGCAGAAAUGAGCGUAGUUGUAAUGGUGGCUUGGUCGGUGGAGGACUGGGGACGGAUACACCCCACGAGGACGCUCCACUUGAUCUGCCUUUGGACAUUCAGGCUCUGGCCUCCCACCAGUUGACAGAUGAAGAAUCUUCUGAGGAGGAAGAGGUGGAUGGGGGUGAUGAAGAGGAAGAGGAGGAAGAAGAUGAAGAAGAGGGUCACAUGGAGGAGGGUGGCGUGGAAUACGACAGUGAUGACUGCAUGACGGUUGAUCCUCCGACUUCUCCCUACGCUGACAAAAAACAGAUAAAAAGAAAAUCUGAAGUGUGCUCGGAUUCAAAAGGAGUUUGUCCAGUGAAAAAGUCCUGUAAAGCUGUUGAGCACGGUGGGGAAACCAGUCGAAGAAAAGUUUGUGGUCUGGCAGCUCACAAGGUGUCACCACCACCGGCAGGACUCAAGUCUUGGUUGGCCAAGUAUCAGUCCUGGUCACCUGCACAGAAGCGUCAUGCUCUAGAUUCGUUAAUAGAUGUCUGUGAUCUGAACGAAGUACGCCAUCUUCACCAAAUUAUACUGCCCCAAUUUCAGCGGGAUUUCAUUUCCUUAUUGCCAAAGGAAUUAGCUCUCUAUGUCCUAAGUUUCCUUCCCCCGAAGGAUCUCUUAAGAGCAGCUCAGACCUGCAAGUACUGGAACAUUCUGGCUGCAGAUAAUCUCCUCUGGAGAGAAAAGUGUCGUGAAGCUGGCAUUGACGACCACAUGAUCGUUAUGGAUCGCAGACGGAGGAAAGGCACCAGCGUUAGUCAUAUGUCUCCAUUUAAGGCGGCAUUUAUGCGUCAGCAUCGGAUAGAAAUGAACUGGCGGGCAACUCCUCUACGGCAACCACGGGUUCUCAAGGGUCAUGAUGACCACGUCAUAACUUGCCUUCAGUUCUCUGGUAACACUAUAGUAUCAGGGUCUGAUGACAACACACUUAAAGUUUGGAAUGCCACUUCAGGCAAGUGCAUGAGGACCUUGACGGGGCACACCGGAGGGGUCUGGUCAUCACAGAUGUCUGGUAACCUGAUAGUAAGUGGCAGCACGGAUCGUAUGUUGCGGGUGUGGAAUGCUGAAACUGGGGAGUGUCGCCACACGUUAUAUGGACACACUUCAACAGUCCGAUGUCUCCACCUUCAUGGCAAUAAAGUUGUCAGUGGGUCACGAGACGCUACACUACGAGUUUGGGAUGUCGAUUCGGGGGCGUGCGAACAUGUACUGGUUGGACACGUGGCAGCUGUACGAUGUGUGCAGUACAAUGGUCGCCUUGUGGUAUCUGGGGCUUACGAUUAUAUGGUUAAAGUAUGGAAUGCUGACCGAGAAGAGUGCUUACACACUCUUCAAGGGCACACCAAUAGAGUGUACUCUUUACAGUUUGACGGCAUCCACGUCGUGAGUGGGUCCCUGGACACAAGCAUCAGAGUAUGGGACGUUGAGACAGGUCAGUGCCGCCACACGCUAAUGGGUCACCAGAGUCUAACGUCGGGUAUGGAACUCAAGAACAAUAUUCUCAUAUCUGGUAAUGCUGACUCCACUGUUAAGGUGUGGGACAUUGUUACUGGACAGUGUUUACAAACACUCUCAGGUUCUAACAAGCAUCGGUCAGCAGUGACGUGUCUUCAGUUUAACAACAAAUUUGUGGUAACGUCUUCAGAUGAUGGAACUGUCAAGUUAUGGGAUGUGCGUACUGGGGAAUUCCUCAGAAAUUUAGUGGCACUAGAAUCUGGGGGAUCAGGGGGUGUGGUGUGGCGUAUCCGGGCAUCAGACACAAAGCUAGUGUGUGCAGUUGGCAGCCGAAAUGGGACAGAAGAGACUAAGCUACUGGUGUUGGACUUUGACGUUUAUGAGAACCUCAAGUGAUACAUGGGGACAUUAGUGUUGGGUGGUGUCCUCUCCAUGUAUACUUACAAAGUUCAAAGUGAUGUUAUUUUAACUGUGCUGCCAUGUAACCUCUUGAUUAGUUUCACUGGUGUGUCAGUUGGACAGUGUUUGUGAUGACUAACAUUUCCCUGGUGCUAAUAUUGUACACACAAGAUCAUCUGACACUCACCGCCAUUACCAUCUGCUACCACUCCUCCACUUGGCAGAUAUUGACUUAUUUUCAUCGUCAUUUCCUGUAUUUUGAAAUUUUAUCAUUUUAUCGAGUAAAGUAACUCGUUAGUUUGUCAUUGUCCCAAUACAGGUAUAGCACUUCAGUGACCUGUAUUUUUUAAAGCCAUGUUUACAGUCUGAUGACUCACUGUAUUUCCAAAAGAAGAGUGUUGAAAGUGUCACCAGAUCUUAUAUAUGAGAAGAGGAACUAAAUGUUGUCUUAAGUUCUUGAUUAAAACUAAUACAGUAGUUGUUUGGCAUUGAAUGAAACUUGAAAUUAAGAGAAAAAGAUCUGGUGAGAAGAGUCACUAGUACAGUAUAGGUAAGACAUGGUAAUGUGUGAGCUCCUGCAGUUACUGGCUGUGUACCUUGUUGUACUCACUAUUUGAGGAACUGGGGUGUUCUGGGGUCAAUCUUGGAGAACACCAGCCUGCAGGAAGCAGUCAAGACAUUUUCAGCAUAUAACAAAAAUAUAGACUUUGGUCUGGGUUGUUACUUUGAAAGCGAAAGUGAUGACACUGGGUAAAAGUAAUGCCAAAAAUGAAAUAGCUUGUGUCUCGUGAUGGAGCAUGAAGUAAAAAAGUGAACUCAUAUACUUAUAUUUUUUACUUAUUAUUUUAUGGAUUGAGGGAAGGGGGGCAGUGAGAGGGCUUGUACGGGUAACAAUAAGAAGCUGGUUGAUGUCUUGGGUCUGAUGUUGUCCCUCUGGUCAGGUUCAGACCAGCCAACUAGCUUUCAUAAAUAAACUCUCACAUCAUUCUUCUUUUUUUUUGUGUGUUAUUAAAGCUGAGGAUUAAGGGUUUAUUUGCAGUAAUGUGAAUAGUGAUUUAUCUGUGUUGGCAUAAUGUGUUGUGUGACAACUGCAUUGACACUUUCAAAACAGUGGAGGACAAUUUGGAAAUGAUGUACGAUUUAGUUGUCUUGUCUCUUUUCAUUUUGUUUUUUGAUAGGUUCAACUAGUAAUUGUAAUGUGUAGAUAUUUUUUCUUUUGUAUAAUAUAAUGACAUAAGCCAUAACAAUGCCAUUUACUAUGGUUUUUAUUUUAUUUUGACUUUGAAAGGUAGGAAAUGAUGAAGCUUUAUGUUGUGCAUAGCGGCACACUCCACGUGGUUGCUGGGGAUGUCUCGAGCGGUUUAUUCCAGAAUUGUUAUAUCUGUGAUGACUAAUUAUUAUCCAUUAGUCCUAAAGUUUGUGUGAAGGGCACCUAUUUUGUUUCUCCUGUUUUUUCUUCAAGGAGGAAUUUAGUUAUGUUGGACAUAUAUAGGUCUAGUCUGCCAUUUUCUGUGUGACUGCCCACAUUGUUAUUCUCAUGAGAUUUAUGUUCAAUACUUUUAAUUUAGCAAAAACGACCACAAAAGAUAUUAUGAAGAGGUGUUAUAUAAGUGUGGCUUGCAGCUGAUAGUGUGGUUUGCUGUUUCAGUACUGUGCAGCAUGUCAUUACAGCUUGUAGUGUGGCUUGCUUCAGUACUGUGCAGCAUGUAGGGUGCCUUGCUGUGUCCCAGUACUGUUCAACAUCACAGUACAACUAAUAGUUUGCCUUACUGUAAUUAAAGUACUGUGUGGCAUCUCAUUGCAUUUGCAGACUGGCUUAUAGCAAUGCUGUUAUGCUUGCAGCAUGAGUUUGGCUGGUAGCAUCCAUGUCAUCAUUGAUUGACUUUGGCUUGUUGAAUGACAGGUGGCAUCAGUUAGCAAGAGUUGGCUGCUCCCUGCUGCAGUGAGGGACACAUUGGCACGUGCCACAUACUGAUGAUUGAAUGAGGAAGCUGUGGAUGCUCCCGAGUUCUGGCUCGUGACUAAUGCCACACCGUUGACCCGUCAUUUGUGAGGAAAGGAAACUACAGUGUCUCAUUGUAGGAGAAAUAUAUAAUUUUGUGGCUUAGCAUUAUCAUUACCAGUUGCAGGAAAAUAAUGUGGAAGGGGGAAGAUUUUAAUACUUGAAUGAAACCCCAUCCUUAUAGUCUACCCUAGUCAUGGGUGGUAUGUUUUGCCUGCUGUGGGAUGUUCAAUACCAUUUUGUCACAUACUCAGCCGUCCAUUGUUUAGAAUAUACAAAUGUGUUACUUUCCCGUCUUUACAAUGAUACAUCCUCACGAGGUGUACAGGAGUUGAAAAAUUAUAAGGAGAGGCGGUGGCGGUGUGGUGGUCACGAGCUUCAGGUCUGCACAAACUGCUGGCCUCGCUGCACCUCACCUGGUCCGGGCAUUUGUAAACACCUGUAGGAAAUACUGUUUUAGUAUUUUAAUUUUCUUUUCUUUUGAGAAGAGAACUGAGAUUGCUCAAGUUUUUUAAUCCUUUUAAGUUGAAAAUGUGUACAUAUGUAUGUGUAUAAUGAUGUAUGUAUGUACCAGUGUAUGCAUACAUACUUGUACAUACUUUCAUACACAUAUUCAUGUCCACAUACCAUACUACACACAAACACAUAAAACAGUGAUACAAAUACACACUCAGAAAUGUAUUCACAAAUAUAAGGGUUAUUCAGAAAGUAAUAAGACUGCUGGUAGAAGAAAAAAAAGAAAAGAUAUAGUCCUGGGGUAAUUUUUUUUACAUUUCUUCAAGACUACUGUACUUCUCUUCCUUGUGUAAUAAUUUCUGGCAACAGUUUAUUCUCAGGGUAUGUCGCACUGUGAUUAUAAUUGUUUCCUUUUUUAUUCUGAAAAAAAAAAAAAAAGGCACUGCAUCACCUGCCCACCACUGCGAACAACUUUUGCUUCAUUGGGGCCGUUGGGCUCCCAUGUGUUGCUAUUGCAUUUCAUUUUUAUCACCCAGAAACUCUUAACAUAAGAUACUGAAUAGCUUAAUCUUGGUAACACAGUUUCAUCAUUUGGCAAAAUUCUAUUGCAGUAUUAUUGAGCCGCCAGCAAAUUUGAUAUCACCACAAAUCCAUGAUGAGUACUGUAGGCAGUACUGUCUUCAACUAUGAACAUUAUACCAAGACAGAAUAUUUGAAUGAAACAGCCAUGUAACUCAGUGGUGCAGGCUAAAACAUGGUUCAAAUGUAUCUUUUCAAUGUUUAUUAACAGUAAUGAAUUUCCAGUCAUGGACCUGAUCUUAUUAUUUAUUGAACAACCUUUGUACAUACACUUCAUAUUUUUCUGAUCACACCUGACAUAGUGCAUAGCACCAGUAUACACACAUGCAUGUCUGCAGUGUGUAUACUGUACUGUACACUGAAUAAUAUUUUUUACAUUAUUUGUUACACAUGUAACAUUUUUCACAUCCCCUGUAACUGUUUAUACACAUAUAAGGCUCAAGUGUCUGACUAGAGAAUAUGUGGUCCUUGUAUUCCUAGGCAAUUUAAUUUCACAAGAGAGUCAUAGUCAGAAUAACAGACACAGCCACUUUUAUGUAAUGAAAUAACUAUAAAAUUUCCAUAUUUGACAUCAUACAAUUAUGUGUGUUGGUAUUUGUUUAUAUGAAGGCAUCUAGGAGGAGCUUUGCAAUAUUUAGUGUGUUUGCUGAUGUUAGGACAAAAUACUGUUACUGAUGACAAAAAUAGACUGGUUGUAGGGUAAAGUAAAAGAUGUGUUGCAUGGAUGUACAAUAUUAAUAUUAAUGUGAUGUAAGAGUUGACAACAAGAACAAAAAAUGUAUGUGUAAUAUAUGAGAGAAACUGGGAUAGUGUUAAGACCAGGAAGAGUUAUGUCUUAAUAGAACAGGACUCUUCAGGGCUAUACCUCAUUUGGCAUGUGUUUGGAUAGUGGGAACUGUGGGAGUGUUAAGAUGAUAGAGAACUCAAAUGGUGGUAGGAUAAAGUAUUGUAGGUUAGGAUAAAGUAAGAUUUCUGGGUGAUAGUGUAUUGAAGUAAAGUGUGAAAUAGAGAUGGUAGAAAAUUUGAAGUUGAUUUUAAUGUAAUGUUUACUUUGCAAAGGUGGUGAUAGGAUUACAGUAUGAAAGGAUGUUGUUGGGGUUAAAUAAGGUGUGCCUGCAUUAAUUCAUAAGAAGGAGUGAUAUUAGGAUGUACAGGUAGUGGGUUAAGUGAGGGUGGUACUAGGAUGAAAUAAAGCAUUGGGAGAAAAGCACAGUCGAUAGAAGAGGAAUUGUGCAACAAUUAGGGUACUUGUCAAAUGUAGGAAACUUUAUCUUUAGUUUCUGUUUUAGAAGUGUUAAAAUGUACAGUUUGUAAAAAGAAUCCAUUUGAAUAUUCUCUUGUCAGAUACUAAAGCUUAUUACUUGUCUGUACAAGUACAGUACAUAACAUUCAUAUUGAAAGAAUGCCCUUACACUUUACAUCUUUCAGGCAUUUUUAAUACAAUUAAAUUAGCCAUUUAUCUUGUACAUCUUGCUUGGUAAGUAAACUGAGCAGUCCUAUCAUCCCCAUGAAGUCAUUCUCUGUGUUGUACAGUCUGUCUUGAGGUGUCUGUUAAGUUCUCUUUCUCAUUACAACAACAUUGCCAGAAGAAUAGGCUUUAUUUGGGGUCAUAACAGGAUCACUGUUAAAAGAUGAAGAAAAAAUUGGAUAUUAUGACUCCUUUUUAGUGGGUAGAACAGAAACUUUCUUAUUUCUUGAUUUUUUUUUCACAAGGCUAUAUCUUGUAUUUUAUACUCGUAAUUUUGGCCUAGUUUCGUAUCUUAUGUAUGCCUGUAUGUGGGGUCAUUUAUUUUAGUGAAUGAGGUGAUGAAGUGCUGUCAAGCGACAUUUAGGUUCUUCAGGAGGCUGGUGGCCAGCAAACUUUUCAGCCAUUCAACACAGAACUGUCACUCUUGUGUUAUUUACACUCAGUCUGUAAACACACUUGGUAAUUAAGAGGUGAGUAACUGCAAUAUAUAGUAAGUAUGAUGAAUGGAAGUUAUAUGAUAUUUGAGUUGGACUUUAAGGAGUUGUUGGGUUAUAUUAAGAUGGCCAUCACCAGUUCUUAGGUGUUAUGGGGAAAAAUGGUCCAUGCUAAUUAAGCAUAAAGUUUUCAUUUUGUCUCUAAUCAUAGCUCCUACAGUUAGUGAAAUAUUGGCAUAAAUAUUGCAGUAUGAAUUUUGGCUGUUAUUUGCCUACAGUACUUUCAAUUAAACUUGUCUUUAUGUAGCUAAAAGUAAUUUUUAUGUAGUAGUCACUUGUCCAGAAGUCACAUGUUUGUUGUGUGAUAGAAAGGCAAACUUCCAAAGGGAGAUUUACCAUCGUAGCCAAACAGGGUAUUUUUUACAACUGAUAAUGCCAGAAAUCAAAAGAAAUAAUGCUAUUGGUCAUCAUAUAACUGAAUAUAACUUGUACAUAAGUAACUUCCUUCAACAAAAUCUCCUUUGUACAGUAGUCAGUUUUAUAUGAAAAUAUAUAUAAAUGCAUAAAAAAUUAAUUGAUGGAGCCUCAGUUUAAUCUGCUAGUGUCACUCAAGGGAGUGUGUGUGUGUGUGUGUGUGUGUGUGUGUGUGUAUGUGUGCAUAUGUGUGUGUGCAUGCAUGUAUGUGUGCACGUGCACACAUGUGGAGGUUAGAGCAGCAGUCCCGCUGUGCCCAGGAAUAUGAUUUCCAACAUAAAUUGUGAUUAAUAAACUUUUUAAUAUAUA